AUGAGCAGCAAGCCCUAUCAGUGCCGCCGAUGUCCACGGGCCUUUGCCCGUCUGGAGCAUCUCCAGCGCCACGAUCGCUCUCACACCAAAGAGAAACCCUACACCUGUGGCCAAUGCCCCAAGGCCUUCACGCGAAAGGACUUGCUGGCUCGUCAUGAACGACUCACCCAUCAAAUCGGAGACAGUCCCGCAAGCCAUGCACAAACACCCUCGCCUUCCCGUCCCGUUUUUGAUGGCCUGGAUACAUUAGCAUCGGUUGUGGCCAACCACGGUCACCCUCAUCUGCCACUGCCAGGGAGCAAUGGCCAAUUUACGGACGCGCUCCCCGCUCGCGAGGCCCCGGUGACGCCUGCAACCCAAUCGCAAAAUCCACAAACUCCGUCGGCAGGCCCGACGACUCCGAUGGAUGGCUCGGUUUUUGGCUAUGCAAUCGAUAGUCUAACUGCAGGCUCAUACGAAGGGAACGACUUCACCUCUUUCCUUGACAGCGUUCCUCUGCCGAGUCACCCUUACUCCCCCGCUUUUCAGCCCCUUCCCCUAUUCCCGCCUCUAGUAUUCUCCCCAGUCACGGACUAUGAGCAGUCCUCAGAAAGAGAUCAUCCAUCCGCAGAGACGGCUUCCACCCCAUCAAGCUCUGUGCUGCCCCGUCAUGGCGCACAUCUGCCAUCCCUGCAACCAGAGGGGUACCAAACUAGCGCCAAGGCACGCCAGCCCACAGGAUUCGUUCCUGUCACAAGUCAAUGCCGUGAUAAAGUUCUCACCCUUCUAAAGGGCUUUGCCACUGUAGCGCCGAAUCCUUCGCUGCCUUCCCGCCAUGCACUGUCUCGAUGUCUGACGGGAUAUCUGAUGGGAUUUCACGACCACUACCCGAUCGUACAUAAGCCUACACUGGACAUCGACUCUCUGGGACUUCCACUUUUCCUCGCCAUGGCCGCUCUAGGUGCUCGCUAUAGCCGAGAGCCGGAUACAAGCAUGCGCCUAUAUCAAAUCGCUAAACCUGUCACGCUAGAGCAUUUUCGCAGAGUCUUUCAGUCGGGUAGCUUACCAGCAGUGAACGCAGCUAAUGAUAUUGAUACCCUUGAAACCGUUCAAGCGCUGCUAAUGCUUAUGUCUGUCUCGUCGUGGUUUGUGGAUAAUCCGCCAUAUCACGAUGCGCUGUCGAUUCAAAGUCUGAUGGUGACGCUCCUCAGAAAAGACGGUGUUAACCUUUUACCGGAGCAAGAUGGUUCAUGGGCCAGCUGGAUCCGUUAUGAAAGUGUGAAGCGCACGAAGCUGAUCGUUUUCUGCUUUUUCAAUAUUCAAACAAUAGUAUUCGACAUACCCCCAGUCAUCUUGACCGAAGAGCUAUCUAUGGACCUCCCCUGCACGGAGCGAGAAUGGCAGGCUGCUACUCCGGAACAAUGGGAAGCGGCGCGAAGCCAAAGUCAAGGGGAGCCGGGAUUCCAAGCUGCCCUGUUGGCUUUGUUUGCCCCUGAAAGUGCAAUGGAGCCAGGGUUCUCCUCUCUAGGUGGAAUUGUGUUGAUCCAUGCGAUGCUUCAAGACAUCUGGGUGAUGACCAAAGCGACUCGCUUGGCUCUGUCACGAUACAACCGGCUCGGCCCACCUGUCCCCUCAACACCAGGGCUGCUUGCCGUUGAACAGGCAUUGGAGAGAUGGUGCCAGUGCUGGGAGCGCAAUCAAGAGUCAUCGAUUGACCCCCUCAGUCCACACGGCCCACUGUCCUUUACUUCCGCAGCCCUGCUCCGGCUAGCGUAUAUCCGGCUGAAUGCAGACUGCGGUUCAGCCCGGCAGUUGCAGACUUGGGAUCCAGUGCAAAUUGCUGCCAGUCUUAAUGAUAAUCUCUCCGUGCAACGUGGAGAUCGCCUAACAAGAGCAGCGCUCCACUGUGCACAUGCACUAAGUACCCCAGUCAAGCUCGGGAUCGGAUUUGUGGCGCACUCACAGGUCGCUCUAUGGUCGAACCAGCACGCCCUAUGCUCGCUUGAAUGCGCAGUGCUUCUGGCUAAAUGGCUCGAAGCGGUGACCGUAGUGAAUCCAGAUCCCGCAUUAACGAAUCAGGAGACUCGCUUGAGGGACUUUGUGUUGGAGAUGGUGAUGGAGGCCCAACACGAUGUUUCACGCGAGUGGCUCCUUGCGACUAAUACUCGACUCAGUGCAGCUGUUACUAGACUAUGGGCGCGACUUUUCACUGCGGACUAUAUUUGGGAGAUGGUGAAUCUAAUCGGGCGAUCAUUAAGUAGCUACGCGGAUCUUUUAGAGCAGAAGACAGCCCAUGUAAACUAA